CUAAAGACGUCACAGCUGUCUAAAAAUGGAGAAAUGACAACACACCGAUUUACGCAGAAUUUUUUUCUUGUGUUUUCAUUCAAAAUAUGGCAGAAUCAGAUGUAUUGACCACCCUGAAGAUUUUGAUUAUUGGGGAAAGUGGUGUUGGAAAAUCUAGUUUACUACUGAGAUUUACAGAUGACACGUUUGAUCCUGAACAAUCGGCAACCAUAGGAGUUGACUUUAAAGUGAAAACAGUCACAGUUGAUGGAAACAAUGCCAAGUUAGCUAUAUGGGAUACCGCGGGCCAGGAAAGAUUCCGAACGUUGACACCUAGUUACUAUAGAGGAGCGCAGGGAGUCAUUUUAGUGUACGAUGUUUGCAGUAAAAGCUCCUUUAGCAAGCUGGAAGCCUGGCUUAAUGAGUUGGAGACAUUUUCAACGAAACACGAUCUUGUCAAAAUGCUAGUGGGGAACAAGAUUGACCAAAAUAAAAGAGAAGUUAGUAAAGAUGAUGGGCUGAAGUUUGCACGGAAACACCAGAUGUUGUUUAUAGAAGCGAGUGCGAAAACAAAAGAGGGCGUUCAAUGUGCCUUUGAAGAACUGGUGGAAAAGAUAAUACAGACUCCAGGUCUGUGGGAGACGGACGGAAGAAGUAAGAGGGGUGGAAUUGACUUUACCCAGGGGGGCACCGCAGGGGGCGGCUACUGUGGAGGAUACUGCUAUAUAUGAUCCAUUUUUUGCUUCACAUAUAUUUCAAGCUAUCAUCACAAUAUUAUGACAUCACCAGUAUAUCAACGUUCUGAGAGCUCAGCAAAAGAGGGACAUAAUUCCAUAUAGAAAUCUAAGAAGUUAGGACCUUGAUUUGUGUCACAGAUCUAAGAAAAGAAAGCUUUGACUUUGUAAUUCUUUAUCAAUUCAGGGAUGUGAUUUAUCCAUGGAAUGGAUUUCCGCAGUUUGUAUGGCUCCAGGGACCAAUAAAAGAAAAAAAAACAGAUUUAAAAAGUUGGCUGGUCGCUUUUGAUUGAUGCUUUAUUUGUUGUUGGUUUUGACAUUUCAAAUUUAUUGUCAGUAGAGCCCUCAAAGGGGCUUCUAAAUCACUUUUGCUUCUGAGGCAGGCUGACCCACCCCCUGUGACCUCCAUUGGGGGCCUUAUGCGCCGCCCAAACCCAUUGCAAAAAUGAUUUCAGCCCUUCAGCUGCCUGAUAAAUCACAUCCCUGAUCAUUCAUAAUUAUUAUACACUUUUAUUGUCUGCUAUAUUGCCAGUUUUCAUUUACUAGUCCUGUUGAACAUUUUUUUAAUAUCAGAAUCAGGGCUGGUAUUCAUACGACUUCUUAAGUCAUUUUCUUAGAAUUUUCAUAGUCAAAAUAAAAGAAUAGUAUAAGUGUUUUUAAUAUGAAAGUGUGAAUUUUUUAUAAAAUUAUUGAAAAUGAAGUAUUUCAGAUAUUAUAGAGUUCUUAUACCAUUCCCUAAGAUAGAUACUUAAAUGAGGAAAAUGUCUUCAGUUAGGAAAUGACUUAAGAUGGUUUUUUGAAUACCGCCCUUGUACUUGUUAUAAGUCAAGUAAACUACUCAGAUACUUAUGUAAAGAAUAUGUCUUAAGUAAGGAAAUGACUUAAGAUGUUUUAUGAAUACUGCUCCUUUACUGUUUAAUUUAAGUCAGGUAAACUACUCGAGUAAAAUUAAAGAAACAAUUUAAGUGAACACAAUAAUCAGGCUGGUUAGCAGAUUUUGAUUUGUUGGAAAAUUAGCAUCAGAAUGAAAGAGCCAUUACAUUUACUAGCGUAGAAUGAUAUAUUGUAUACAGAAUUUGCAGAUUUAUGUGUGCUUCAAGAUGUAGAUAAUUAGUGUAAAUUGUUACAGAUCUGGUAUUUUAUAGAAAAUGAAUAUGAUAGUGAUUGACUGAAUGCAGUUAUUGAAGUAAAACUUUUGCAUGAAUUCUUUGACUUGUUCUUGGCAUCAAAAAAUGCCAACAAGCCCUACUAUUUAAAUAUAAAAAUUAAGAUAAGCAUGCCCGAGCACUUUCAUAAAGUGCUGGGCUUGCAGUCUUGUGCUAAUUUUGACCGCAGUUAAUGUGUACAAGAUUUUUGGAGACACAAUAAGACAGUAUACAUAAAAUUUGCUUGAAAAUAGUUCCCCUUCAUGAGAACAAUUUUUCAAUAGUUAUUCCUUCUCUGUUUUUUGAGAAAAUGAGCUAUUCACAGUUAGGGAAAUUAGAUAAUUAAAUAAUAUUACCAGUAUUAAAAUGUUAAAAAUGUCAAUUUUGAAAUAAUCAAGUUAAUCUAAUCUAACAUCUUGUACUCAAAUGAGAAAGGCCAUGAAACAUGUUGUCUUACAAGAAUUCAUUUUUUCCGUAUACAUGUAAUGUAGUAUAUGUUACAAGUGAUAAAUUUAUUUUAUGACUUCGCUUGUUUUGAAUGUAAUACAUCCAUUAAAUAUUUUCUUAAAUGACAAUAGUGUUAUAUAACUUGACAUUGACGUCCUUUCUUCCAGGGCCGAUAUUCACUUAUGUCUUACCAUAAGUGUUUGAGACACAGAAACUCAGAAAAGCAAAAUUUUAAUUUUGUUAUGAAAAUGCUACUUUAUGAACAAAUAUUUUUACAAUUGCAAUAUCUGUUUACAAAUAUUUAAUACUACAAUCUGACUGUCAAAACAAGCUAUAUUAAAAAAUAAACACUUAGCCUAAGUCUGAAACACAGACUCCAGACGUUAGCGAAUAUGGACCCUGUUUUAUUGAAAAAAGUAGAACAAAAUCUUUAUUUCGGGAAAGGAAUAUGAUUGUAUGGUGUAAAAAAUGUUUUACAUUUGUAGUCAUUUAAUACAGUUGUGUAUGAAACUUGAUAUGGAAAAGAUGCUGUUUUAUUUUAUGCUUGGUUGAUAUAUAUAUUUUUGCAUCAUCUAGGAUGAAAUUAUUUUUUUUGUCAGAAUAUAAACCACCAUUCAAAGUGACAUAUUUAGACUAUAUAUGACUGUUUAUAUUUUUCUUCAUUUAAAUGAAGAAGUUACGUUUUAAAGUAAAAAAAAAAUAAUCAGAAAUUUAUUGGCGAAAGCUUAGAAAGGAAGAAUAAUACUUUAUUUAAACUCGUGAACAGAUUAUACGGCUUUGAUGUGGAUUAAAUUAUUGUUAUACAGGUUUAAGGUUUUACUUAUAUACUGUAGAUGGUAGAUUGUAUUCUCUAUUGAAUUAAGAAAAAGGAGAUAUUAUAUUUUAUUACUAUGUAACUACUUUUAUUGCUUUUCAGGAAUAUAAUCGACGUGAUAAUAAGUAUGGAAAUAUGUAAAUAAAUUAUUUGCUGUAUAGUAACAUGAAUUUAGAACACUCGUUUUUUUGUUGUUGUUUUUUUGUGUGUUUUAGCAUAAGUUUUAUUAACAAAUAUUAAUGUUGUGUCCCAAUGUGGCCAUCUUUUCAAUGAAUUUAUGUCAAAAUAUCAUACUAGGUGAAUAAAUACAUGAAGUAUCAAAUACUAAGCAAAUGUCUUAAAUUUGAUUUAAGUAUUAUUUAAUUUAAACAUAUUUAUUUUACAACGAUUGUGAUACAAGUUAUAACAACAUACCGGUAAUAUUUAUUGUUGGCACGAUGUUACUUGUUGUCUUGUGUAGUGGGGUUAAUCGUUUUCAUAGUAUUCCGGUUAGCACACUCGCUUCUCACCAAGGUGGCCUUGGGAUGUGAGUUUGGUUGGUGGUCACCAAGCUGGCUUAAAUUUCUUGAAACUUCUUAAGUCCCUUAUAACAGGAUUAAGCUAAUCUUACUAUUUUUGUUGUUCUAUAAAAUGUGUUAUAUUUACUUCUUAAAGAAUUUUUAGAAAUUAUGUAGGAAUAAUCUGUAUGUUUAUCAGAAAAAACAAUUUUUCAUUUGUCAAAAUCCAUUUUAAGUAUGUAUUUUGGCUCAUUAAAAGAAGCGACUUAAGACUGUUAAGUUUAAGAAGUUUCGAGAAAUUGGGGCCUGGACAAGUGGGUAUUCUCCGAGCUCUCUAGUUUCCACCACAUUAUAAGACCUCACACUUACGUAACAUUAUGUCAACAAGAUUGACUUAGUAUAACUUCCUUCAUAAUCGGUGUAAAAUAAAUAAAGUUUACACUGAUUAUUUUUUCGAUUAAAUUUUAAAUUUGCAAAUUUAAGUAAAUUUUUUGUUAACCUUUCCAAUCAACAUAUUUGUUGUUAAACAUGUUGCUAGGAACCAAGAAUGAAAUUUUUGAUUUACUUUUCGUACAAUAAGCUCAUUGAAAAGAUGAUCCGGUUAAUUAUUGUUGAAGGAUAAUGGUAAUGAUAAUGCUUGCAUCAUUUUUAUAAAUAUUAGUCUCAUGUUUAUUUGUAUAUUAUUUUGAUUCCUAAAAUGUAUUAAAAUGUCAAUAUAGA